AUGGACAACGAAAUCCCCCUCCCUCCACCCCCGCGCAUCCGCCAUCGCGCCCCCAAUACCCCCACCGUCCCAUCCUCGCUACACAAAACCUACCACCAACUGUCGCGAUUCGACGACCGCUCCAGCCAGCCCUCCAGCGACCCGGCGCUCUUCUCCAGCGAUGACAUCCCCGCCUCCGGUCUCGAGAACUACCACGCGCCCGCCGUGUCGGGGUGUCGUAAGCGACGGUAUCGCGGUACGUGGUGGGGCGAGAUGGUGAAAGACACGAAACGCAAACGCGUCGACUUCAAGGAUAAGCGGUUGGUGGACAGUGGUGUCUGGAUGGGAAGCGAUGACUCCGGCGUCGACUCGCUGCUGCCCUCUGAGGAUGCGUCGAUCUGGGGUGAAGAGCUGCUGCAUCAUUCGACUGUGGGGAGGGUCGGGGAUGUGGUGCCCGGAGAGAUUGCUGCUGGGGCUCAGCAACGCGUGGUGUUUAAGAAGGUUGAGGAAUCCCGGGAGCAUCAGCUUGCGCGCGCUAUUGUCAAUGAUUGUUUGGAGAAGGGGCAGGAUAGUGUUGAUUUGAGUAUCGGCGGUUUACAACAGAUCCCCCAAGGCUUGCUCCGCCCCCUGCAACACCUCACAAAACUGCCCACGGUCAAGGAAGCCCCCAUAUCCGAAGACGUCUACAGCUCCUUAAGACCUUUCCUACGCAUGUUCCUAGCCGGCAACUCUCUAUCCGACGUCCCGGGCGACCUCUUCGAUCUGGACGCCUUGCGCGUCCUCAGUCUGCGAAACAACAGGCUAACCGAAAUCCCGCCCGCAAUCCGAAAACUCACCAUGCUACAAGAAGUGAAUCUCGCCGUUAACGAACUGCGCUUCCUCCCCUGGGAGCUACUAUGGCUCAUCAAAAAAGGUGACCUGAAGCACCUAACCGUCCGACCCAACCCCCUCUGGCGCAUCGACGAAGCCGAAAUCACCCACUGGUUUUCCCUAGACGGCGCCCCAGCCACCUCCCCCGAAGAAGCCCUCACCCUCCACACCUACGAGGGCCCCGCCCCCGAAGAAGCAUGGGCCCCAAUCCACGUCGCCACAGGCCCAGUCCGCCUCUUCAACAUGGAAGGCGUAAUGGUCGACGCCCCGCCCACCAACACCAACGAGUCCCGCGUGCCAUCCCUCCGCGAAGUCUCCCUCCUCGCAUUCACCCAAUCCCCCUUCUCCGACCUCGUCUCCGACACCGACAUGGCCAACUGUCCAGGCCUGGUCCCCUCCCUCCUCCGCCAAGCGCGCGCAGUCCGCAACGGAGGCGGCCGCUGCUGCACCGUGUGCCAUCGGAGCUUCGUCAUUGCCCGCGCGGAAUGGAUCGAGUGGUGGGACUGCAGCGUCUACGAGAAUGGACUCAAGGGCCCGCGCAGUUCGGGCGAGAAAUUGCGCCCUUUGCCUUUUCGGAGACUGGGGUGUAGUUGGGCUUGUGUGCCUGAUGCGUCGGUUUGAAGAUAACCCUAUCACUACUAAUGUCGUCCUCGAUUACUAGGGAGGGCGUGUUUUGUUAACUUUCUUGUAUAUAGUUAGGUGUGGGUCGGCCUUUUUUUCUUUUCUUUUCUUUUUCUUUUCUUUUUCUGUUCUUUUUCUUUUUCCUUUUCCUUUUCUCUUUCUUCUUUGCUCUUUUUAUAUGCGUGGCUCGGGUUAUAUAAGUGUGUGUAUGUAUUAGACAGGUUGUGUGAUUAGUGUCAGGCGUUUGUGUGUAUUAGAAGGUUUAUGGGCAUUUUCAG